AUGAAGUACUUAGCGCUGCUGUCCUCGAUACUCGCAGGAUGCUUCUUCGGUCACGCACACUUGUUUGAGGCUACCAAUCAGACAGUCCCCGACGAUGUUCCCCUAUCCAAGAGAUGGUAUUCUGUUGCCACGAAAGAAUCUCAGGGAUCAAGAUAUCCCUAUCAGUCUGCCUGGCCCGUAGUGUGCACAACGCCGCGGAUUUCACAGCCUGUUUACUACUGUUUCAAGGACAAACGGUCGGCCAAGAAUCUCGGAGAAAUCCUCGAUGCCGCAAUCAGAAUAUGGGCACCGGCCAUAGCUGUGACUUCGAUGUCAAUCGUCCCCGACCCGCAAUGCAUAAAUCCGGACGAGUGCAUCUGUGAUAACAGUUGGGCAAAGACUGAUUCAUUGGUCAUAUCUGACGUGACCAAAGACGGGGACGACAAAUGGAACGAUAGUGAAGAAUGCUGCACAGUGACUACGGUCGGCUUCAUCUACCUUGCCCCGCAUGCACCCGUUCAGCCAUGGCGCCAUUUCUUGAAAUUUGGAGGCUGGAAUGGACAGUCUCAGAGGCACCAGGAGAGGAAUUUGGUGUUCGCCGUUCGUGAAAUGGCUCAUGAGCUAGGGCAUGCACUAGGCCUCAGACACGAACACCAACGACAAGAUAGAGACCAAUUCUUGGUCUUCCAGCCAUGGAACUUAGUAGGCUACGAAAAACUUGACGAGACUCUGGAAAGAGACCCCAAGAAUAUCUUUGACAAAGAUAUGCCGCUCCGGGUCAGGAAAGUGAGACUCUUCGAAAGUGGCAACAUUGCCGAAAAGUAUUGGCCCAUCCUGUACGAAUUCUUAAAGCGUGAUCAAUUUGCUGCAACGCCCUUGGAACGUGCGCUGAGAACUGCCGAAAGCUCUGUGGAUUUUGAUUACAAUAGCAUCAUGAUCUACGAUUCCUGCGGGGGUGGUAUCGGCAAGCCAGAUGACGAGAAGAAAUGGGUUCUCAAGAGGCGUGACGACGGAUCGCCAGUCUGGCAGGGAGGCUCAAAGGACGGACAUGCCAAGAUUACGGAAGGUGAUGUUGCUGCUAUCGCACAUCUGUACGAUGCCAAAACGCCACAAUGUGAAGCCGCUAAGACAGGCGAGAACGAUUGGUCUCCACAGGGCAUGCGAGUCAAGAUUCGGGAUGGGCCUUGGGUCGCAGUGCCACCUCCGAACAAGAGCAACUUCACGAAGAGGGACGAGCAUCGGGUUGGAAAGAAUGCACAGUAG